AUGAUUAUGAACCCGGCGGAGGAUAUAUAUCCGAAGUGGGACAAUGCCAACAUCUCUACUGAUCUGGACAACAUGAUAAAAGACAUCCUCAAUGGUCAGCUACAUGAGAAGUUUUGGGAUGCAUCGCCAACUACCAAAUGCGAGAAGAUAAAAUAUGGUGUUGCCGCAUCUGUUGUUCCAAACCAGAGCCCUUCUACUAAGCGAAGAAAAGAAAAACAACCUGCUGAUGGAGGAGAAGCACCUGAUAAGCUUCAAGCUUACAACGUUGCCAUACAUGGGUUAGUUGAGUCGAUUAAAAUCCUCACUGCCAAAAUAGAAGGCAUCGAUGUUAGUGUAGCUGAGUCAUUAGAGGCUACUAUUGAAGCUAAGGUGGAAGCUAGAGUGCGAGUAUAUGAUUCUGACUUACGAAAGCAGAUUGCAAAAUUGGAGGCACAAAUAAAUUAUAUUUUAAACAAGAAGGAUGCGAACAUUUCUCCUGAUGUCGCCACCUCUAAGGCGUAUGAGGUCGAGGAUGAUGGUGCUUCUAGCAAUGAUUUGUCAUGGAUUUUUCAGAAGAAGAUUAAUUCACAAGAUGGAUUGCCAGUUGAUUGUGGUGUGAAGAAAGAGAAAAAAGCUAAGAAGAAAAUGGAUAGCAGCCAGAAUCUUUCAAACAAGGAGGUGGAAAAGACAGAAGAAAGCUGA